GUCGCGCCAAAGUCAAAUGGCUAUUAAGAGUGAAUUAUAGGUUUAUGCGUUAGAGAUUCCAAUGGCAGUGGUAGUAAAGACAUUGCCGGAUUCGGUCGGACCUAAAACCAAGAUUACAUAGUGCAAGGACAUAAAGGAAAUUGUUACAAAUAUAAAACGUUUUUCUAGUGUUCAGGAUAAGGAUAUAUUAACUUGAAAACGGCAAGAAUAAAAGAGAGUUAAUCAGUAGUAGUGCAGUAAAAGCAAGAAAGGAUAUGGCUCCCUAUGAGCCCUCUUCUAAUUCUUCCAAACAAACGGGUGUCCUAUUCGAAGGCGAUGCGGAAACAGCCGACGGAGACCUCACUAGCGAUAGAUUCCAGUUGAAACGAGCAGAAAACCGUCGGCUUGAUCUGGUCUGGCGGAAUAUAAUCCUGUUCGCUUUGGUGCACCUGUCUGCACUAUAUGGCCUCUACUCCAUAUUCACAAAGGCGAAACUCGCCACCACACUUUUUGCUGCCGGAUUGUAUAUCAUUGGCAUGCUGGGCGUUACAGCCGGUGCCCAUCGCCUUUGGGCGCAUCGCACCUACAAGGCCAAGUGGCCCCUCCGCCUGAUCCUGGUCAUCUUCAACACGGUCGCCUUUCAGGAUGCCGCCUACCACUGGGCCCGUGACCAUCGCGUCCACCACAAAUACUCGGAGACUGAUGCCGAUCCGCACAACGCCACCCGUGGGUUCUUCUUCUCGCACGUCGGCUGGCUUCUGUGCAAGAAACAUCCGGAUAUCAAGGAAAAGGGAAAGGGACUGGACCUUUCCGACCUGCGCGCCGAUCCCAUUUUAAUGUUCCAGCGAAAGCACUACUAUAUCCUCAUGCCCCUGGCGUGCUUUGUUCUGCCCACUGUCAUUCCAAUGGUUUACUGGAAUGAGACACUGGCCUCCUCCUGGUUCGUGGCCAGCAUGUUCAGGUGGUGCUUCCAGCUGAACAUGACCUGGUUGGUGAACAGUGCGGCCCACCAAUUCGGAAAUCGUCCAUACGACAAGACCAUGAAUCCCACCCAGAAUGCUUAUGUAUCGGCCUUUACGUUUGGCGAGGGAUGGCACAACUACCAUCAUUCCUUCCCAUGGGACUACAAGACGGCCGAAUGGGGUCGCUACUCCCUGAACAUAACCACGGCCUUCAUCGACAUGUUCGCCAAGAUCGGCUGGGCCUACGACCUCAAAACGGUGGCUCCCGACAUGAUCCAGCGGCGGGUACUCCGCACUGGCGACGGUUCCCACGAGCUGUGGGGCUGGGGCGAUAAGGACCUGACACCGGAGGAUGCCAGGAACGUGCUCUUCGUCGAUAAAAGAUCAUAAAUUUUGUAGUACCCCUAUAUUAAAAACUUAAAAACUACAGCCCAAAAGCUACUGUAGGUGAUACUCAAAACAUAACUAUGAAAUUGAACACCGUA